CAGUUCAAAGCACUCACGCGUUCUGGGGAUUGUACUUGGAGACCAAGAGGAGCACUUUACCGUUUCAUCCUGCAGAGUUGAAAGCAGACUCUAAACAGCUGGCUUGUUUGUUUUUUGCCUUUUCAAGUGCGGAUUCGUUUGCAGAAAACGCACUCAUCCUCGGGGAGACUCGUGCGUAAAAUACGCUCCAAAUCGGUUUUACGCACCGGAGCAAAAGAAGAUAAUCAGCAUUUUUUUUCUUUUCUUUCUGUGCGCUUCUUUCUCCCAGUUGAAAGACUUUACUAAUCCUGGCAAAGGUAAAGUCCAUUUAGAGACUUUUCCUCUCGCGAGAAAGCAGAAAGAUAUUUCCAAUUUCACGCGUAAUUUGGCACCAAACAGUUUUUCGUAUGAAUCUCCUCGACCCUUACCUGAAGAUGACGGAGGAACAAGACAAGUGUCUCUCUGACGCCCCGAGCCCGAGCAUGUCCGAGGACUCCGCGGGCUCUCCGUGCCCGUCCGGCUCGGGCUCCGACACCGAGAACACCCGGCCGUCGGAGAACGGGCUGCUCGGUGUGGACGGAGAGUUCAAGAAGGACGAGGACGAUAAGUUUCCCGCUUGCAUCCGCGAGGCAGUGUCCCAGGUGCUCAAGGGCUACGACUGGACCCUGGUGCCCAUGCCGGUGCGCGUUAACGGAUCUUCUAAGAACAAGCCUCACGUUAAGAGGCCGAUGAAUGCCUUCAUGGUGUGGGCGCAGGCGGCGCGGAGGAAGCUGGCGGAUCAGUACCCACACCUGCAUAACGCGGAGCUCAGCAAAACUCUGGGGAAACUCUGGAGACUCCUCAACGAAGGGGAGAAGCGGCCGUUUGUGGAGGAGGCGGAGCGGCUCCGGGUGCAGCACAAGAAGGAUCACCCGGACUACAAGUACCAGCCCCGGCGGAGGAAGUCUGUGAAGAACGGGCAGAGCGAGUCAGAGGACGGCAGCGAGCAGACGCACAUUUCCCCCAACGCCAUCUUCAAAGCGCUGCAGCAGGCAGACUCCCCGGCCUCCAGCAUGGGGGAGGUGCACUCUCCGGGGGAGCACUCAGGCUCCCAGGGGCCUCCGACUCCCCCCACCACCCCAAAGACUGACGUCAGCUCCGGGAAGAUGGACCUGAAGCGUGAGGGGGGGCUCCGCUCGCUGCCCGAGGGCCCCGCCGGCCGCCAGCUCAACAUCGACUUCCGCGACGUGGACAUCGGCGAGCUGAGCAGCGACGUCAUCUCCCACAUCGAGACCUUCGACGUCAACGAGUUCGACCAGUACCUCCCCCCCAACGGCCACCCGGGGGCCCCCGGCGGCCCCGGGGCCAACGCCGCCGCCGCCGCCGUCACCUACACCGGCAGCUACAGCAUCAGCAGCGGGGCCCCGGUCAGCCCGCAGCCAGGGGCCGCCUGGCUGGCCAAGAACCAGAACCAGAACCAGCAGAACCAGCACUCUCUGACCCCCCUGGGGACUGGGGGAGGGUCAGAGGGGCCUCAGGGGGCCCAACACAGGACCCAGAUCAAGACGGAGCAGCUGAGCCCGAGCCACUACCCGGAGCAGCAGGGGUCCCCCCAACACGUCACCUACAGCCCCUUCAACCUGCAGCACUACAGCCCCCCCCCCCUCUCCUACCCGGCCCGGCAGCAGUACGAGUACCCGGACCACCAGGGGGGCCCCGCCACCGCCACCAACGGCUCCUACUACAGCCACGGGGGGGCGGGGCAAGGCUCGGGGCUGUACUCGACUUUCAGCUACAUGGGCAGCCCCAGCAGCCAGAGGCCCCUGUACACCCCCAUCGCCGACACCGCGGGGGUCCCGUCCAUCCCCCAGAGCGGCCCCGGGCACUGGGAGCCGGCUCCGGUCUACACCCAGCUCACCAGACCCUGAGAGCCCCGGACCACCUGGACACUUUACUGCAGGGAGAGCUCCGCCUCCAGACCCCUCCCUCACAGACACUUGAAGAAGAGGAGACUUGUGAUUGGCUCACGUCGUGCCUUGCUAUU